AUGGCUACCACCAGCACAGUCACUGAUUCAUCUUCGAAACCGUCAGGGCCCAUCGAAACCUCCAUACGAGAAAAGCUGACGACCCUCCUCCAACCGACCUCGUUAUUCAUAACCAACGAUUCCUGGCAGCAUCGUCACCACGCCGCCAUGCGUGACCACAAAUCCGAAGGGGAACCGGAAACUCAUUUCACGAUAGACGUCACGUCGAACGCCUUUGAAGGCAAGAGCACAAUGCAACGCCAUCGCCUAAUUUACUCUGCUCUGUCAACGGAGCUUGCAGAAGGGUUGCACUCGCUCAGUUUGAAAACUAGGUCACAAACGGAGGCUGAGAAGCAGGUAGUUAUAUAGUAGGCUCGGACUGGGAGAAAUUCAAUAUCGUUUUGGUAUCGAAGCUUGGCUUCCAAUGAUAGCAAAUAUCAGGAAGAG